GCAGAGAACAAGAUGUUUAGAUAGAAUUUUUAAAUAAUAAAUGUAUACAUAGCUUAUCUUUAAGACUCUAAAAAGCACAAGUGCCUGUGUAAAAUACUCGUACGUUUCAUGGUAAUCUUGUGCAAUAAACUUUCGAAUGCGACGAAGCGUCUUGGACAAUACGUGCCUUUUUGACGCUUUUCGUUAACGAAAUUUUACGAGUCCGCGCGCGAUGGAUGCUACACAUCUGAUGCGAUGGAGUGGCCGCAUAUGUCGAUUGAUACUCCAUAUUAACACUUAAUUCAUUAAAUCUAUAGAUUGAGUCUUACUACAAGUCAUUACCUAACUGAGAAUAUUCAUAUCUUCAUAUACAGUUGCAUGAUAUUGAGUAGCCCCAAGAUAAUUACUUCAGUGCGUAUACGCGUCGUGCUCAUGUUAUAUUCAGGGCUCCCUUAGAGCCACAGAGGUUGAACUUGCCCCCAUUGUCAUCUCUCUGUGACUGCUAUCUAAAGCCGAUCGCUCGCUUCCAUACUUGUCAGAGAUCUGUAGUUCGGUCGUAUGUUCAUGUACUACGAGUACGUUUAGCAUGUACAUGCGACUAGGAGGCUGUUGAUUAUUCUACGGCGAAUUCGAUGGGCUUUCGUAGGGAUGACAGCACCCGUUGAAAGAAAAGCACACGGAAAUGCGCAGGACGAAGGACUAAGCUGAUAGUUCCAACUGCGUAACCGAUAGCUCUACUUUUCAAGGGCAAUGGCCAUUAUCCAACCGACACCCACAAUGAUCUAAAGCACACCAAAUAAGCACAUGUUUGGACGAUCAAAGGACGAACCAUUUACCUAAUUCGGUAGAACCGUAUUCAACAACCUUUACAUACUAUAUGCUACUGACUCGUUUGUCAAAACCUGACAUAGCAAAAUAUGAAGCCACAUGUCCACACGAUACUUUGUACUUGUGCAACGCCCGCUAGUUGCGUGUGACUGUCUUGGUACGAAAUUGAAUGGAACGAGAAUUGUCCUUGUGAUAUUAACAUAUGAGCACAGGAUUGACUCUUUUUGUACAUGUGUUUAUGUGGUAGAAUGAGACAAAUUUGCAACGCAAUUGGCUCGCUUAAUACUUCUUCGAGACCAGUUGACAAUACGUUCGUUUUGUAUUCUUUAUUUUCUGGCCACCCAGGCCCGACAUGCCAUUGAUCUAUUAUCAACUGCAUCCAGUAUUUGAGCCGUUACGUAUUACUGUAGGCCGCCGGUUCCUUUCAGCACGAAACGAACCGUCUCUACGUCUGGAUUCGAAUCUUACCCCAAGUUUAGCGGGCAAACAUGUUGCCCGCUGCGCCAUUACGAGGACGACUGCUCUGUGAAACAUUUACAUGGAUAGAAUGAGAGGGUCUGCCAAAAACUGAAAAGAAGACCGUAUUUUCACUACAUUGGGCUAGACUGCGUUAGCUUAUUCUUAGCUGACAGUGAUGACCCGUUAGCUGGCCGCUGUUGGUCGAGUUCAUUGCACUUGUCAAGCACAUUAUGCAUUGCAUAGACAUUAACUAAUAGUAUCCUGUCUUUUUUAUUGAUUGAGAGAUUUUAUUGAUUUAGAAAGUUGUAAAUCGUCGAAGAAAAAAGCAAAUUAAAAAAUGCCAGCGCUUAUCUUAAGUUCACGUAUUAAUAUUCUAUGAAAUACUAAUUUUUCUUAGGAUCAUAGUUUGCAGAAUGGACGACAGCGACAGUCUUCGGCUACGUGGCCAGGAUCCUAGUAUAAACAAUUGAAUCAUUAGAUUUAGGUAAAAGCAUAUGUACAUUUUCUGUGUAACGAUGUUCGACUAUCAGUUAAAAUGUGUUGACCUGAGCUUUUGUUUUUGACAGUUCGAAGUGAUUUGACAAGCUAUAAAUAAUGAUGAACGUUUCUGACGAGAGAUUCUAUAUAUCUUCGGAAGCACUUCAAACGUUUAAUCUGCAGAGUCAGUAUCGCUUCUCUAAGAUACACCUCAACUGCAUAACCGGUACAAAUGACGAUAUAGCACUAUAUAUCUAGCUUUUUGGUUCGACACGCUAUGAUAGUCGAUCAUGCUUUUUAGGCGGCUUAGAGGAAUUGUAGCUCUUUACGUGCCUGGUUGUCUUCCUCUCUGGAGCAAGGCACCGGCUGCCACGUCAUAAGUGAAACCGGGCUAUGUCGGCCUCCAACUAUAUGAAUAAUGCUAAUGACUUCGCUUCUUGUCACUAUAUAUAUCAAUAAGCAAACAAGAGCUUGUUUUACCUGCUGCCUUGGUAAAAUCCAACUAUCGAGCACAAAAACGUUGAUAUUCGUAUUAAGUUGCGGUAUUUUACACGUUAUGGUUAUAGGUUUGGGAUUUGAUCUCGGUUUGAGUGACUUCAUGCUGCUGACGUGUCUCACUCGCGCCUCUACUAGCUGAAGCGUGCAAUUCUCUUUAUGUUGUCCGAUUGGCAUUGUCCGCCGUAUACCUCAAAUAUGGCCACCUCUUGUUUACUGAUAGAACGAAGAGUUGUUGGUGUGCUUAGUCGACUUUGUUUGAUGCCUUAACGAAACUGGCUAUUUUAAGCUUGUCAUUACACAGAAUAGUGUGCUAAAAAAAAAAACCAGCGCAACUGAAACGCCAGCUAACGAUUGUCGCCCACAUUUGUCUGUUCAGUUAAAAAAAACGGAAGGUAGAAAGUGGUCAAGACACCCCGUGAUACCUACGAAAUCUAUGAAAAUGUGGGAUCAAUGGCCGCAUGUUAGUUUUGAAGAGGAUAUCAGCUGUUUACUGGUUGACCUCAUUGACUCAGUGGCUCUUCGGGAUCACUAAAUAAAACUUAAUACUGGACGUUCGAUUAGGGAAAUGAAGAGAUGCUAAACAACGCAUGUACACGUACAUACCAUAGAAGAAAUAAGUACAACGUCUAUUUUAGCACAAUGUCUAGUGACUCUCGAAUCAGUAUUUAAAAGGAACGAUUAUACUGUAGUUUCUCUAUGCCGAAAGUAGGAUGUCGGCAGCUCCAGUGACCUGUCUGAUAUACCUGCAAACAAUAGACCUGAUAUACAGUGAAUUGGGUUUAAGGAUAUUUGAUACCACCUAAAAUGACGAAAGGUUGGUAGCAUCGGGAUCUAUAUUGAUUCAAAGGCAUUGGGUGUCUCGAUGUGCGGGUGAUCAGUGCGUUCAGUAUUCUUCCGGCUAACCAGUAAUACGAGCAAAGGCCAUCAUAGUGAUCAGCAUUGGCGAAGAAAUCACAAAGCCGGUCACAGGCGCCAAAUGUCGAACUUACUUAUUAGAGCCUGUCAAACAAUUUCAUCCUCUACCUAUUUCAGUGUGGAUGAAACGGUCACGAAAUGACGCACCGAAACUAUACUCACAACAAUAGUUAAUGUUAUUGUUAGUAAGUAAAUGUUGUCUCAUGAGGCUUUCAUAGUCUUUGUGAUUAGUGCUAAUCUGAGGAUAUCAUCUAUGCAUAUUCGUCCAAACAACGUCUUCUGUUGUGAAAGGGAGUUACGAAAAAACCAUCUAACGCGCACCGUCUUGCUCAUUACUGGAACACGUCUAACUCUGGAUGAAAGUGCUGGCCUUUCGGCUCGUGAGAAAUAUCAAAAGAUACGACUUGUGUCAGAUUGACUCCGUCUAAAGGCUGCCUAAGCUCAGAGAGAGCCACCGGAUGGGCAUCGCCCAAUGGCUCUCUGGUGCGGACUGAGGAUUCGUUCAGAGGCGCUUGUUUGCAUUCAGACCUUGUGAACUGGGAUGAUCAGGGGUCUGUCCAUCAGGUGAAGUGACAAACCUGCAGACUUACCUGAAUAAUCUUAUGAGCUAGUAUGCACUGUAUGAGUAUCUGUUUAUCUAUAUAGUGGUUAUUGUGCUCGCUGGGUAAGGCUGUGAACACGCCUUGCGAGGUAUAACCGACAAUGGCUGCCACAAUGUUAUUGAAUAAACGGAUUACGUCACCCGUGGGGGUGGUAGCACCUCUCGUCAACGGAGGCUGCUCCAUGUCCGACCUCAAGGAAAGCUAUCGAGUCUUCAAGGAGAAAGCCCAGCUCAUCACAUUUCAACUACUUGAACAGGCAAAGGAACGCGCGAGUGUAUUGUGGCUGGUCUCGAAAGCGCACAACAAUCGGGUCCCUACCGAACUCCGAGAUCCUUACUACAGAGACCACGAGGACCAGUACCGUCUGAAACCACAGAUUGUUCAGGGUCUUUCGUCGGGUGAGCUGUAUUGCAUGGCGCUGGCGUCAAUUUACGCAGAUCCUAAUUACCACACCCUCAGUCACGUCGGCAUCAUUUCGGCACUUCAAAAAAAAGGUGUUGAAGUCCUCGCGCCGGCGGAUGGAACGACAACUCUCAAUGAAACCACGCUUACCCAGAACGCACCCAUCCGAAUGGCUGCGCAUAUGUCUGUGAUUGAAGCCAUAAUGGACCUCUACAUCAAGGAGGUGCUCAUUCCACUCAAGGUCUUCGAGGUUGUUCGUCGAUAUAGUGAAGUGCAGUACCCAGACGAGGUGCCCGUAACCUCAGAGGAAGCUGCUCUACUCUGGAUCAAUGCAGCUACCGUGGCCCUGCGAGAACGCGUUCAGCUGGAAGCGGGCCAGCCUGUGCCUCCCGCGACCAUCAUGCAGGACAUGGCGGAACUGUCGGAUGGGUGUGGUCUUUCUUCGUUGCUUUCUUUUUACUGCCCGGAUGCAUUACCGUGGCAGGAGCUAUGCCUAAACGAUCCUAUGAACCUGACCGAUUCACUGUGCAAUCUGCAGUUGGUGCAGGCGUUCUGCGAGCAGAACCUUCCUCACGAUAUUUGUUUUCUAACGCUUGAGGAUCUAUUGUUUAUGCAUGAGACGAUUAGGCCAAAUAUGCUAGCGCUGGUAGCCGAUCUCAUGUAUUUGUUCGAGAUUCGACCGGCGAAGUGUGUCGUCAAGCCAGGUUGGGAACUGGAGGAUGACAACGAUCUGCCUCAGCCACAGGAGGAGGUCCAGUACAAUUACACGCUACGGAAAGCACGCAAGCUCCAAAACUCGUGUUCGCAUAUCCCGGAUCUGCUCCUACAGCCAGAGGGGAUGCUGCAAAGGGACAAGAAAGGUCGACCCCAGAGGACAUCUGGUAGCCAGGAUAGCCACCGAGAAGCCCAUUCUCAUUCGAAGGAUAGUAACAAAGAUGAGAACACCAGUGACCCGGAAGAGCUUGAGCAGUUUUCGGGUUACUUUAAUAAAAUGAAUAUCUCGGCACCGAGCAGCACAACCGGUGCGGGAAAUGGGGCCGUGCUCGAGAGGAACUCUCAUUCGACCCAUGCCAGUCCCGCUCAUCGAAAUAAUAAUAACAGGCGAGGUAGUCCUGACAAGACGGGCCGAGAAUCCUCUCAGGACGGUAACUCUACCCUAGAGAAUUACUACACCCAGUUCAAUUCGAUUGAGGAUCGCUCUCACGAUGGUGAAGGCGGUCAGCCUCUCCGAAGAGUUCCUUCGCAGUCGCACAUCCAGAACUUUUCAGGGAGCCAGGCAGCACUUCAGAUGAUGGAUCCCGAUGCACCGGAUCCCUUCGAAGGUGCACGGGACAACAAGCAGACGAGCUUUGCGCAGCUUUCUUCUCAGGAUUGCUCCUCUCAAGUGAAUUUUACAUACAAGGCGGAACGGCGAUCCAAGAAACCGACCACGACCUGGAUGCAGCAAACGCCUACGGGCGAUGAAGGAGGUGAUGUUGAGGAAAUGUUUGCCGUUCGGCAACAGAUGGAUGAAAGACGUCAGCGAAUCGAGCAGGAACGGCGAGCAGCUCAGGAGGCAGCGAAAAAGGAACGCACCCAGGCAAACAAACAGGUCUUCCAACAGGUUGUAGGUGGAGGCACCAGGGUGUCUCAAGGUGUGUCCAAUGGCAACAGUUCGGGACCGAUAAGUGUUGGUCGCGGCGAUGACAUCCCGGGGGGUGUAGGAGGAGGCGGGACAAGUACCUCUGAGGAAUCGGACAGAAGAAGUCCCACACCCCCACCAAACGAUCAACAGAAACGACGGCGAAACAGCGCUGAAAGGGUGGCCAAACAGGAGCAGGUGCUGAACUCAUUGAUUCACUCGCGGUCGGCUUCGCAUGUAAACCACCUCAGUGGCACUGGUCAGCCGACAACAUUCUACCUGCAUGACGCAGGUUCCCCCAUUCAUGGAUACCCCAGCGCUGUAAUGCGCAGGCAAUGGGGGCCUCCAGCCGCACCCCCUGCGGCAAUGUUUGGUGGAUUCGGUCCAAUGGGCGGAAUGCCGGGUACCUAUCCAGGUGAGAUAAUGCCCCCAUACUGGGCAUCUCCUCAGCCUUCGUGGGGCGCUUCCCAGCCGCCACAAUCCCUCAACCAUACCAUGCUCCAGCAGCAGCAACAGCAAGCACAUCCUUUCGUUCAACAGCCUUAUAACUUGCAUGAGCCCUCAGUACAACAGCAACAGCACCAACAACAGAUGCACUUGCAAAUUCAACAUGAACAACAUCGAAUCGAUCAGGUGCAGAUCGUACAACAGCAGCAGCAUCUGCAGCAAGCUCAGCCUCAGCAGCAGCAGCAGCAGCAGAUUAAAGAUGUAGGCUAUCAAGAGCGUACAAAAACACCAUCGCCGCCUCCACCAGCUCGGCCAGAGCGAAAAAAGCGGGAUACCGGAACUUCGGCCAGUGGACGGAUAUCUGAGGAGCGGGUUGAUCAACAGGAGAAUACGCCACCUACAACCGAACGAACUCAGGAACGAGAACGAGACGGUGGAUCGUUCUUUAUUUCAUUCGGCGAUGACAAUGGGGGUGACACAAAAGGAACCGUCAUCAAGCCAAAGCCUAAACUACGACCACGCAUCCAGCCCGGCCGAGAUGAGGCCGAUACGACAGUCACGUCACUAUGUGGGGGCACUCGACCUGUGUCAAUGCCCACGGUCUCUACGACAACGAUUAACUCAAUGACGAUCACCAAGUCCGAGGGCAGGCGAUUAUCGACACGUCUCGACUCGUCGAUUCGAAGCGGCUCAGGAGUAGAAACGGCUGAUAAUGCCUCAGCGCCCGUCACGAAAACCCAACCCUCGGCCGACGGUUUCGUCAUCGGCGAUGGGAAGUCGCUAUCGGACGUCGAGAUGGCUCGUAGGAAGGAGAUGAUCAUGAUGGCAUCGCUAAAACGACGUCAACAACAGGAACAACUGCGACUCCGUAAAGAGAACGAACAAGCGAUGAGGCGGGCGCACGAACAAGCUCGAAGAGACGAGGCCGAACGUAAGCGCGAGGACGAUAAACGACGUCGGGAGAUCAUCCUCGAACAAUACCGGCUGCGCAAAGCUCAAGAGGAAGCCGAGAAGAAUGGAGCGCCCCCCGUGCACCACGCAUCACUCAUGGCCGGAUCUACUCCGAACGGCAGCAUUCAGCGGCGGCCGAAGAGCAGGUCGGCAUCGGUGACGCGUCCGCGACCUAAAAGUGUCCACAUUGGUUCCUCUCUGGCCUCGCAAGCGACCGGCGGACCCGCUGGAGGAGACUCAUUGUCCUAUUCGUCCGUCAAUUCGCACACAUCAAAUUCUACUGCGGACGUUACCGCCAGGAGACUGUCCAUGGGAGGAUCUCAGCAAGGUCUGGAUUCAGUUGGCCGUGGUAAUACUGGCGCUGCUGUGGGAAUCGGUAGCCUUAAGCGUGAGCCUUCGUAUCCGGACUUCAGUCGCUACCGAAAUAUAGGCCCACCUUCUGAUGGCGCUAGCGAUACAGCUUCAACUUCAUCAUUGUUCCCGGGCGAGUAUACUGGGCCGAAGCUGUUUGUCAAGCCAAGCGCCAAAAGCAAUCGUUCGAUAAUUCUUAAUGCUCUAAAUGUGGUCCUCGCAGGUGCCGUGAAUGCUGAUACGAAAAAACGUGCCACGAAUGAAAUAAAUGCAACCGACGCCAAACACCUUCUGAUACUGUUCCGGGGUGCGAACCUUCAAUUUCGCGGUAUCUAUACGUAUAAUCCGGACAGAGAAGAAGUAGUAAAAAUUUUCGGGGCAGGCCCCAAGAACGUUACGGAAUCGAUGCUCGACUUGUUCUACAAGUACAAUUCAGGCUCGAAGGGAUUCACGCAGAUUCAUACGAAACAUCUCAGCGCCACAAUAGAUGCGUUCACCAUCCAGAACUCAUUGUGGACGGUGCGCAAGAGCGUAACCAGCAAGUUCGCAGCAUCUCACCACGCUCGGUCCGGCGACUUCAUGUAAAAAUAACACGAAUAAGAAUAAACAUACAAACGAAUAUAUAAAUAGAGCAGUGAAGUCCUCCGUUGUAGUAGUAGACAAACGAUACCGGCGACAAACGGCAUGAUUAUAUAUUCGCCCGAUUUUCGCGCAAGGCCCCAAUGUAAAUGUGGCAGAAACACUCGAGUAUACCGAUAGUGGUCGCCAUUUACAACAAAAAACAACGCUAGAGCCUCACAAGGGUAAUAAUAUUAAUCUUCCUAAUAUUCAUCAUAGAAUAACAAUUACGUGAGUAACGCUCGUAUUAGUGGAUAUUGAUGGAAUAGGUUACAUUGAUACACGAAGCCGAUGGAAGCAUCACACGCCUCCGAUGUCUGAACGUGACAAGCCAAUGGGCUGUGGUAAUGGACAAUUGUUAUUAUAGCAUGUUACGCGUUUCGGCCUCGAACACACGUGCGGCGGCAAAUCUGCGGAAAGAUGUACGAAUCAAUAGUUACGGAAGAUAAAUGUAGAGUGAAAAGCACGAUUUUUGCCUAUCAAAUCGGAAGCUGCUUGGCGUAGGGCUGUGCAAAUUGAGCGCUUGAAAAAAGAUGAAGAGGAAUGGGAAAAAUCGUCGAAGUUCUAUAUUGUUGUAUAACAGUGACGGCACUAUUUGUAAGUAAUAGAAAGUUACUGAACUUCAUGCUAGUUAUUCCUUUGUAAUAUUCUAUUUGUGGUUAACUAACUAUUAGAAGAGCGAAGUAAUAUAAGACGGUUUUUUUGAUGUGACCCCAUUUUGAUGAUGAAAUAAAACCCAGUAGUACUCAGCAGAGAACACGAAACACAUAUGGAUCCAGGUUAUAUGCAGGAUUGUCGGUCGUGCAGAAGGCCUCUGAUGACGAACAAACAAAUUCCAAGUUAAGCAUUGGUGUUAGGAGACAAUAGUCUUGCACUGACGACACUUUUGCAUAUUGUAUAUUAUAUAAUAGGGAUACCACUAUCAUGUCUCGUUCUAUUAAAAAAAAUAACCAGCCCCAGUUCGGUCUGCGGCUGGCUACCUUGCUUCGAAUUGUUUUGGUAACAUUUUUGCAUUUCGAACGUUUUUAUGGUGAAAAUGAAUGAGAAAAAAAAACAGCCAGAUAACUACGACACCUUCGAAAAUGGUCGAAGUAAUGUUUUUUAUAGAAACUUUAUUGUACGAGGUAGAGCGUACAUUGCAUUGGCGCGGCUUUCAAACUUGUGUGCUUAAGUUGCUAAGUCGAAGAAGAAGUGCAGUACGUAGAACGCUUGUCCACCAAUAUCGCAGAACCGCAACGUUACCUAAUUUGUAGCUUUCGCGUGCGCCGAUGGAAACGGCCAGUGAAAGCCAUUCCGUAGUCGUCGAAAGGAGUAGUAGACAGACGUGGACACCAGGGACAAAAGCGUCCGCUAAAAAAGAUAAGAAAAAAUGAGUCGUAUAUAAUUGCGUUAUAUAUAUAUAUAUAUAUAUAUAUAUAUAUAUAUAUAUAUAUAUAUAUAGGGAAUGACUAAAACAGCAUUGUGUACUUUGAAACAAAAAAAAAGCCGCUACUUCGCCAAUUAUAUUAUCUAUCGCGCGAUUCUAACAAUAGCAAAGCUGAUUCAACUGUUUUACACAAUGCAAAUGACACAAGGCAUAUACAUGAAUACUAAUAAAAUGUAAUAUUUAUAAUGGUAAUGACAAUGCUGGUAUAAGACGAGCGGCAGGGGCAUCUCAGUGCAUGCACCUAGAUGAACGUACGUGCGCGUAGGCAGAGAAUUAGAUUUCUCUAGAAAUGUUUAGAGAAGCUUAAUCUUGAGGGAUCAGUGACAUCGCGUAUUGUAUUCGGUGCAAAGGGGAGAAAUCAUCAUCCAUUUUAUACCAGUUAAGCAGAGAAAUAGAUAUAAAUACACGAAUCCUGACGUGAGCUGUACGCCACAAUGACGACUCGGAUCGAGGCAAGGAGCAGGGCGAAAAGAAAAAAAAAACUGCCGUAAAACCGAAGAAAACACAGAAUUUAACUGAUAAUAAUAAUGAUAAUA